GGGAAAAGGAGCGCCUGGAUUUCCACGAUUCACGCACCCAGAUCUCACACCAAGAGCCAGGACCUAACACUUCAUUGCGGCUUCUACUGGCAUACUUUCCUUCUGUUAACCCCAUUCUUCAACCAUCCUGGUAUCGCCUAUUGUUCCAUAGUGGCUUCCCUGCUUCAACUGCCACGCAAGCAGGCCAAUCCCUACCAAUCCACCCGCGCCCUUCAUUUACGCACCCUCACGCGACCAUGAAGAUCGGACGGAGGCGUGUUCAAUUGCUUCUUUUCCUACUUACCUCGGUGAUCGUCUCCGAAGCGACUGACGCCUCACUCCCUCGAGAAUCACUGGCCAAAAACUUCGCAAAUUCGAGGUCUUUAGGCGAGGUUGUUGCCGCGUCAGGAGGGAAUGGCGGAGGGAAACCUGCGCCAGUCGGAACCGAGCAUGCUCCAGUGGAUGGAAAAGACGGAAUGCCACAUGAAGGACCUUUCGUUGAGACAAAUGCAGAAAGGACGAGGAAGAAGACUCAAGGUGUGGGUUAUGACGACGACCUCGCGACAGAGAAGACAACAUACAAAGCCGGAGACCUUCCACAAUCCAAUGACGCGGUAAUGGACGACCGUCUCAAGUCAAAUCCUGCCGAAGGUACGAGAGGCGUCGAGGGCGGCAUAUCAGAGAAGUCGAAGGAGGGUAAAUCCACAGAGAAGAGGCCUGAUCCUCCCAAGGACGCCAGACCCUUACCCCAUCACGAGGUGGAAACGUUGAAGGACGCGGACAAGACGCAGACGAAACAGACCACGGAAGAGGAGCCCAAGAAGAUUUUAACGGCGCCUCAAGACCUCCCAGAGAAGCCUCACGACAUCCCUUACCCUGAAAACCCCUCGUCGCCGAAAGACAACACAAUCGUGUCGGAAAAUCCUGACCGGAUACCGAAAGCCAAGGAGCACGAGCCUGCAGUCAUCUCGCCUAUGCAUUCUCUGGUCCUCUCGUUUACCAUGAUCCUCUUCUCCGAAGUAGGCGACAAGACCUUCCUGGUCGCGGCGCUCAUGGCCAUGCGUCAUCCCAGAGUGGUCGUCUUUACCGCCGCCUUCUCCGCGCUGAUCACCAUGACCGUCCUCUCGGCGAUGCUAGGCCACGCAGUUCCAACAUUGAUCCCGAAGACGAUCACCAAUUUCGCCGCAGCUGGCCUGUUUCUGGUUUUUGGAGUCAAAAUGGUCAUCGAGGCGCGAGGAAUGAGCCCCGACGACGGCGUCGGCGAAGAAAUGAAAGAGGUCGAGAUGGAAUUGGAAGAGAAGGAACAUCAACAACGGCGCAUGUCUAGGCGGCUUUCGUCCAUAUCCCCAUACGCACUGGAAUCCGGUCGUGCAGGCGUCGGCAGGAAACAUACAAACGGUCGGUUACCGUCACCACCGGAAAGUCCGUCCAGUUCGCGCGAGGCAUCGCCUGAGCGACGGUCGACGAUCAAGAGCAUGCUGAACGGAAUCAACAAUCUGUGCUCGUUACUGCUGAGUCCGGCCUGGGUGCAGACUUUCGUCAUGACGUUCCUUGGUGAAUGGGGCGACCGGUCGCAAAUCGCCACGAUUGCAAUGGCCGCUGGACAGGAUUAUUGGUGGGUUACCGCCGGUGCAUUGGGUGGGCAUGCCAUUUGUACUGGGGCGGCCGUCCUAGGUGGUAGAGCCAUCGCCGGCAGGGUCAGUAUGAGGACCGUGACCAUGGGUGGCGCGAUUGCUUUCUUGGUGUUUGGUGUGAUUUACCUUCUCGAGGCUGUUUAUUAAUCUUCCGUUCGGAGUUUUUGCGACUGCCCAUCACUUUUCAAGGACUUCAAUUAUCACGCAGUGGUGAACAAGGGGCCGGGUCCCUUCAUUCAACGCUUUCAUGGUUGCCCCUUAGAGAAAUCGAAGACCGUGUGUUCUGUUCGGACUCCAGUUCGAUCGAUGUUAUACACUUGUACCUCAACAAUCACGAUGAGUCUCAUUAAUGGAUCAGGUACCUCGGCGAGAGAGAGAAGGGAUGAUGCCUGUUGAUUCUGUGGACGAGGUUGAGGGAAUGGUAAAACCAGUGUGCAGUGUGCUUGCAAGCCCCAGGAGGAGAAUUGUACCAAAUGUAUAGUGUACGAAUGUUAAUCUUCUUGAUCUCUCUGUGCCAGUCGCGCGUGGGAAGACCAGUUGGC